CCGGGGUGCGUUUCCGGUGCCGGCUACUGCAGCGGUAGUCAAAGCCCAAGCGGCUGGAGGGCUGAGAGGGGUUGGGCUCCUGAGGGUAAAGGAAAGGGGUACCAGAGACAGAUACAGGAGUAAAUCAGCCUUGUUUGCAGGCCACAGACCUGCAGGGAGGCAGACACACAAACAGAAAGUUGGACUACAGUGUUAAGAUUCUCUGUUUAAGAGGUUAACUCAAGUUCAGGAAGGAAGAAGGAGGCGGGGCUGCUAUAUCCCCUUAGGAUUGUCUUUGAAGGACCAUGGCCAACAAUGAGCGCACCUUCAUUGCCAUCAAGCCUGAUGGGGUCCAGAGGGGUCUUGUGGGAGAGAUCAUCAAGCGUUUUGAGCAGAAGGGAUUCCGUCUUGUUAGUUUGAAAUUAAUGCAGGCUUCUGAAGACCUUCUCAAGGAACACUACAUUGACCUGAAGGACCGUCCUUUCUUCUCUGGCCUGGUGAAAUACAUGCACUCAGGGCCAGUGGUUGCCAUGGUCUGGGAGGGACUGAAUGUGGUGAAGACAGGCCGAGUGAUGCUUGGGGAGACCAAUCCUGCUGAUUCCAAACCUGGGACCAUCCGUGGGGACUUCUGCAUCCAAGUUGGCAGGAACAUUAUCCAUGGCAGCGAUUCUGUGGAGAGUGCAGAGAAGGAGAUCAGCUUGUGGUUUCAACCUGAGGAACUGGUGGAUUACAAGAGUUGUGCACAGGACUGGAUCUACGAGUGACAGGAGGGCAAGCCCCACCAUGCUUUGCCUGUCUACUUCCCACCAUUCCCAUGGGCAGGGGACCAGACUGUAGCAAAUCUAGUUAUUUCUGGAACUUCCUUAUAAUCUAGAGGGAAACUCUUGGAGCUGUGAGUGCUCCCUGUACAGUAUUAUGUGCUACCAUCAGAUUAAACUGUUUCAUCUCAACAUAGGAUUAGUUGAAUUGUUUACUUUGUAUUGCUGUAUUGCUUUGCAUUCUUCUUUUCCUUUUUGUGUUUUUUGGACCAUCUGAGCUAAUGUAGUGUAAAUACUAUAUAAAUUAUUUGUAUAGGCCUGAAGAUCUCACAUACACACAGGCAUUCUCUUUGCCUGUUUAUCUCCUCAUCUCUUGCAUUCCAUCCACUCUUGGCACAGAGCCAGUCAACAAGCAUUUAUGGAGGAUCUGUUAGGUUGUCAAAACUAAACCUGCUUCUGAUGAAGCAGGUGUGGUAGCACACGCCUGUAAUCCCUGCAGCUCAGGAGGAUG